GUUGGAAGUCUGGGCAAUCUUCUUGGGAUUAAUUAAUCAAUGGUUAUAGUGGGCUACUCAAAUCUGCACGUCCUAGGUUAACGUUACACUUUAAGGUGGUGUCAAGUGACGAAGUGGACCGUAUUCUACACGGGUCGGGUCGGGUGGUACUUAAACUGAGAAACAGCACGAUGUGCACGCUUAUGCUCAUCACUUUGUCUCGUGCGCCUCGCAUCCAUUAUGCGCGGACCUAGCCAAGUGCUAGUCUCCAACCGAAUGCAGACAAUGUGGUUGUGCUUCUACUACGAGAUUUUUUUUCUGCCAGUGACCACAAAAUGAAAAAGGUUACUGAAGGGCGUCGCUGAAUUACAAAAGUAUUUUGCUGUUUUGUUUCAUCUCUACUCUAUAGAGAUUUCUAUUGUCUUUGUUAUUUGAAACAAUCACGAUGAAAUUUCCGAUAGACAAUCCAAGGAAACAGGUAAACUGGGAUCCCGAACAAGUGGCGGUCCAGACUAACAUGGUGCCUCCGAAGAAGGAGGAUCCUGAUGUGGUUCAGUCCUCCCUCGUUCAUGCCAGCGUCUCGGCCAUGCAGAACCCAAUGGGCUGCGACGUCAAGUUCAGCGGGCACUGCCCACUGCCCAGGCUCUCCAUCUCCUCGCGCUCGGCCAGCGUCGUGGCCAGCCUGGACGCCAGUGUGGAUGGCUCGGCCCUGCACUCUGUGAUGAAGUGGAAGACCGUCGUUGCUGUGUUCGUGGUGGUGAUGUUCUACCUCAUCGGUGGAGGGCUGGUGUUCCAGGCUCUCGAGAGGCCCUUUGAGACCAACCAGAAGGACAGCAUCACGCUGAAGAAGGCCAUGUUCCUGCAGAAUCAUUCGUGUGUCUCACCUGCCGAAUUGGAGGAUCUGAUCAAGCAUGCCAUAGAGGCGGUCAGUGCCGGUGUGAGUCCAAUCGGAAACACGUCCCACGACUCCAGCCACUGGGACCUGGGCAGUUCCUUUUUCUUCGCGGGGACGGUGAUCUCAACAAUAGGUUAUGGAAACAUUGCACCCAGCACAGAAGGUGGCAAGAUCUUCUGCAUCUGUUAUGCCAUAAUUGGCAUUCCUUUGUUUGGGUUUCUCCUUGCUGGAAUUGGUGACCAGCUUGGAACAAUCUUUGUGAAAUGCAUCUUGAAGGUGGAGAGAAUGUUUAGGCAGAGACACAGACAGAUCAGCCAGACCAAGAUCCGAGUGACCUCCACCAUACUCUUCAUCCUGGCGGGAUGCCUAGUCUUCGUCGCUCUCCCGGCACUUAUUUUCAAAAACUAUGAGCGAUGGACUGCGCUGGAGGCCAUUUACUUUGUAGUCAUCACUCUCACGACAGUUGGGAUAGGGGAUUAUGUUGCAGGUGGUGACCGUGAGACCGAGUACAGGCAGUGGUACAAGCCGUUGGUGUGGUUUUGGAUCUUGGUCGGGUUGGCCUACUUCGCAGCUGUCCUCAGCAUGAUUGGAGACUGGCUCCGAGUUCUUUCCAAGAAGACGAAGGAAGAGGUCGGGGAGUUCAAGGCCCACGCUGCUGAGUGGAAGGCCAACGUACGGGCAGAGUUCCGCGAGACGCGGAGGCGUCUGAGCGUGGAGAUUCACGACAAGCUGCAGCGCGCCGCCACCAUCCGCAGCAUGGAGCGCCGGCGCCUGGGCCUGGACCAGCGCGCCCACUCGCUGGACAUGCUCUCGCCUGAGAAGCGCGCCGUCUUCGCCAGCCUGGACGCGGGCCGCUUCAAGACGGGCUCGCAGGAGAGCAUCGAGUCCAAGCUCAACAACCUGCGCGGGCUGCAGUCGGCGGCGGGUGCGUACGACGCGGUGGCGCCACCGGGGGGAGGCGGAGGCCCCCCGCAGGCCGCGUCCGACGACAACCUCUUCAACCGCUUCGGCUCGCUCACCAAGCUGGCCAAGCGCAGCCGGAACCGCGAGAUGCAGAGGAACAUCCCGGAGGAGGUGCGGCGCGCCUGCGAGGGCUUCAGCGCCAGCAGCACCACGCUGAGGGAGAACGAGGUGGAUGAGCGGGGCGAGGAAGAAGAGGAGGAGGAGGUGGAGAUGGAGAUGGAGGAGGAGGAGGAAGAGGAAGAGGAGGAGAGGGUGGAGAAGGAGGGCGACACAAGCCUCAGUGACGUUCCCCAGUAUACUGACAAGCUCAAUGUGCCGAACGGUUUUGUGCCUUCUCAGGCCAAAGAGACAAGAGCAUCAGCCAUAGGGAUGUCAUAGAGAUCAAACUGUGAAAGGGUUUCAGGCCAAGGAGAUCAGACAUGUCUCAAAAUGUGCCUUUCUGUUUUUGUACAUCGUUACUUUUGGACAUAUGGUGACUGGACAACCGUGAACUAUGAAUUAGGUCAGUCGCGCCCACAUUUCACCAUUUCUGUUGCUGAACAAUUGAAAAGGUCACCAGACACUGUCCAAUGACAACUUGCUUAUCGCUCCUUUGAAGGACAACUUCAAAGGGGCUUUGGGUUCUCUAGAGUAUGACCUGGCAGCAUAUCAUCAUUAACUGUCACUAUACAUGAAGAAGUGUAUGGAUGAUGUCAGCUUGUGCUUUGACUGUGUGGCAUACAUGCUGAUUGAGCAAGUCAACAGCCGACUUAUUAUCUGUGAAUGCAACAUAUAGUAUUCAGUCUGUGAAUACAAUAUCUCAUAUCCUUGUCAUGCUGAGAAAUGUUGUACAUCGUAAUACAUUUGAUCACAAUCACUUAGAUUUAUACAACUCUUGAGUUUGAUUGGAAACUAAGCCAUUUAGGGUGGGUGCAGACAUUGUCUGGUGGAGGAACUAAAGUUUAUCACCAAUCAAAGCCUUUGGGAGUUGGAAUUGCCAACCGUUAUCAUUUUUGGAAGAAUGAGAGAGUUAAUCUCAUCACAUUUAAUCAUGUCCAAUCUUAAGAAUAUCAGAAGUGGGGAGAUAUUUCCAUGCGGUCCAUUCCCCUUCUAAUAAUUGCCUGUAGGAGUGGUCAGCUGCUUUCCCUGUGUUUCAGGGGUGGUUCUUCUUUCUAGAUAAACACAAAAAUAUGAUAAAUAACGGACUGCCAGCAUUCUAAAUGGUGGCAUUUUUGUCUUCCCCUGUUACAAGUAUAUCAAAUAAUAAUUAUUUAAUAUUAAUAAUAAAUUGGCAAAUCUUUUUAAUUUCUAAAAUAUACUUGGACAGUUCAAUACUAAUUAAUCUGAAUGUUCUCUUCAGUGUAACAGCUGCUUAUUGUUAUGAAGUAUUGCCUGUGACAACAGAAACUGUCUCAUUUAACACUGCAUGCCGUUUUGGUAGACUAAGCAGGUGUAGAAAUUGAUGGACUUUGACUAAGUGCUUUGAAAUACUGAUGGAAAGUGCCACAACUUGGGCCGUGUUGAUCACAAUAGUUUUUUGUUGGGCAUUACAUGAGACUUAGUGAGUGCCUUUUGAGAAAUAAAGG